AUGACUCCAAUUUUCCUCCUGGCCACCCUUUGCUUGGGGUUGGUCUCAGCUGCUCCAACACGUGAUCCCAGUUUGGAUGCUGUAUGGGAGGAAUGGAAGACAAAACAUGGGAAAACAUACAGCACGGGUUCUUGUGGCUCUUGUUGGGCUUUUAGUGCAGUUGGUUCCUUGGAAGGACAACUCUUCAGGAAAACAGGCAAAUUGGUCCCUCUGAGUGAACAGAACCUAGUGGACUGCUCCUGGUCACAUGGCAACAAAGGCUGUGAUGGUGGCUUGCCAGAUCUGGCCUUCCAGUAUGUGAAGGACAAUGGAGGCUUGGACACCAGGGAGUCCUACGCAUAUGAAGCACAGGUUGGACCCUGCAGGUAUGAUCCUAAGUACUCUGCAGCUAAUGUCACAGGCUUUGUGAAAGUCCCAUUGAGUGAAGAUGCCCUUAUGAAUGCUGUGGCCAGUGUGGGGCCCGUCUCAGUUGGAAUUGACACUCAUCACCACUCCUUUAGGUUCUACAGUGGCGGCAUGUACUAUGAGCCAGAGUGUAGCAGCACUAAUCUGGAUCACGCUGUCCUGGUGGUUGGCUAUGGUGAAGAAUCAGAUGGCAGGAAGUACUGGCUGGUCAAGAACAGCUGGGGUGAAGAAUGGGGCAUGGAUGGCUACAUAAAGAUGGCCAAAGACCAGGACAACAACUGUGGAAUUGCUACGUAUGCCACCUACCCCACCGUGUGA